AUGCCGCUGUUCGCCGUCGGCAGGCGCAUACAGCGCUUGUAUCUCGUUUCCGUCGUCGCCGUCUUCGUCAUAGGCCUCAUCUCCCUCAUCCAGUACUCGCCCGACGUGGUGCGCCCGUCAGGAUGGAUUCGCAAACGCCCUGACCCGCGGCCGCCUCAGGCCAACCACCCCAUCGAUCGUCUGAUGCGCGAGUCCAGCGCCCACUUCGAGGACCUGCUGGCGAAAAGGUCCAACACUGUCGAGGAGGCCGCAGCCCGGUACCGCGAGCGGCGCGGCCGUCACCCGCCGCCCGGGUUUGACGUGUGGUUCUCACAGGCCCAGGCAGACGGGGCCAUCGUCGUGGAGGAGUUUUUCGACCGCAUUCACCACGACCUCAACCCCUUCUGGGCUCUCGACCCCAAAAAGCUGCGGGCGAUGACCAGGAAGCAGCCACAGGUGAUUCGUGUGCGCAGCGGCAACGUCAGUUUCGAGACGGACAACCCCAACCGGCCGCAGUACAUCCAGCUGUGGACGGCGCUGCUCAAGGAGACGGAGCCUCACCUGCCCGACCUCGACAUGGUGGUCAACGUCCUCGACGAGAGCCGCAUCCUAGUGCCGUGGGAAAAGAUAAACGAAUACGUGGCCGAGGAGCGGCUCAAGAGGAGAAUCGCCGAUCCCAAGGAGGUCAAGACGCGGUACAGCGGGCUGGACGGCGAUGGCGAGCACGACGUCUACGACCCCGGCUGGGUAACCGACGAUGCCAACAAGUACUGGGACUACCUGCGGGCGACGUGUCCGCCCGACAGCCCUGCGCGGAGCCUCAACAGCUUGGCGUCGUUUGACGUGCCCGUCGAGUAUCCGGACGAGGCGAUGCCGUAUGCGCCCGAGGGCUUCGUCGAGAACGCCACCGAGGCCCGAGACCCGUGCCUGCAGCCGCACCUGCGCGGGAUGCACGGGACGUUUAUCGAGAGCAUCAGCAUGUCGACGACGCGCGAGCUGCUGCCCAUGUUUGCGGGUUGCAAGCUCCCGCAGAAUAACGAGAUACUGGUGCCGGGGGCCAUGUACCUCUCGGGCGGCGACUUCUACUCGGGCGGCGAGGAUCACGGGCCGGCGUGGGGCCGCAAGAAGACGGGCCUGAUAUGGCGCGGCACGGCGUCGGGCGGCCGGAACAAAGUGGAUAACUGGUGGCACUUUCACCGGCACCGGUUCGUCCAGAUGAUGAACGCCAGCACGGUCGAGGCGGUGGAGCGCGGGGACGGGGAAAAGGGCCCGACGUUUGGACUGUGGCAGGUUCCGGCGCACCUCAAGGGCAGGCUGGGCCGGUGGCUGGCGUCGUUUGCCGACGUCGCGUUUGUCAACCUCGAGUGCUUCCCGAGCGUGCAGGAGGAGGUGGGGUUUGGGCCGACCAGGCACACGGAGACGAGCCGGCGGUGCGCUUACACGUCGCCGUACAUGGCCAUCAAGGACAGCACGCCGAUGAAGCAGCAGUACGGGUACAAAUUCCUGCCGGACGUGGACGGCAACUCGUUUAGCGGGCGGUGGAGGGCGUUUCUGCUAUCGACGAGCCUGCCGCUCAAGGCCACCAUCUACGCCGAGUGGCACGACGACCGGUUCGCGCCGUGGGUGCACUACGUGCCGUUUGACAACUCGUACGCCGACAUCUACGCCGUCAUGGACUACUUUUUGACGCACGACGAGGCGGCCGCGAAGAUUGCGGCCGAGGGCAAGCAGUGGGCGGAGAAGGUGUACCGGCGCGCCGACAUGAAGCUGUACAUGUGGCGGCUGCUGCUCGAGUACGCGCGGGUCGUCGACGAUGAGAGGGACCUGCUGGCGUACGUAUGA